GCUUCGGUUGCCAUGUAAUUUUUCUGAAUGAUAGAAGAGCGCCUAUUGAAGUAUUUGUUAUUACUGUUCCUAAUUCUUGGAUUCUGCGAAUGUAAGAUUCUCAAUCAAUGCUAUUCAUCUGGAACAAGCUGUAUUCGGUUUGAAAAAGCUUAUUUUGAAUUUGUGGACACUGUUCAACUAACCAGCGAUAAUGUGCCAACUCUAAAAGACAACGCAGGAACAACAUCAACUCGUGUUGUGCUCAGUGAGCUUCUAAGUCAUUUGGCAUUCAAUCAUAGUUGGACACUUGCCGCAUUGGUGGUCAACGCAGGCACACGCACUGACGUUCAAUGGAAAAUAGCUCCUGAUGAGACAAGUGAGCAUCCAAUUGAAAUAGACGAUCCAGAUGGAUAUGACAAUCCGUUUCCUAAUGCGACAGUUCAUUGCGUCGACAUUCAAAAUUAUGCUGAUGACGCAAAACGGUUUUUGGUAGUACCACCCAACUACAAUUUCUUUUUUUCUGUUAAUGGCUCCGCUUCCAUAAACUGUUCAAAAAGUGGGAUUUCAAUUAUUCCGUUUGUUUGGGAUGAUACCAGUAGGGCAAGUAUACGAGGAAUGUCCUAUUUUUCUUCAUCACCUUGCUCUAGUGAAUGCCUCGUGUUGCCUAUCCCAACAUUGUUGGUUAGAUUCUGCCCAAAUGUCAACAACAGCAAUUUGGAAAUUCACAUUGAUAAAGUUGAAGAUUUUACUGCCGAGUUGUCUGAUGAUUUACUUGGUAUAAACAUUCAAAAGGUUAAUGAUUCAAUUGAAUUUCCAAUGGGCAUUAUGAAUUGUGAGGUUUUGAUGGAAAACUCUUCCAUUCUCGGAGAAAACCCUAUUUGUCUGGGAGAUGGGGCAAAUGUCGCCAUUAAAUUUGGUGCCAAUCCAAAGAUCGGCAUACUACAAGAAGUGAAAACAAAAUUCUCACCUCGAUCAGCAUUUCUCAAAAGUCCAAAAAAUGCGGUGUAUCCAAACUUUACAGUUUCCCAUGAAAAAGAAGUGGCUACAUGUUCUAAUUCAACAACGUUCGAAGUAAAACAGAUUUCAGGGAACGGCUUCAUGCCUUUGAGUUUUCAGUGGACUAUUUUGAAUGGUACCUUGGAUAUGGAAACCAUUGCAAAAGCCGCAACAGAAAGACUUCUGGAAAUCCCCAGUCAUCAUCUAUCAACAAACAAUGUGAUACUGGUCACCGGGUGUAAUGUAGCGGAAAAAUGCACUUCAAGUGGACCAAUCUAUACCGCACUUGUUGAUGAUGCAUCAGUGUUUUCAGUUUCUAUUGAUGGCGUUGAACAAGAAACCCCUGCUUCAUUCGGUCUUCGUCUCCGUGCAAACCCUACUUUUAAGCAAUGCAGCUCCAAAACGUCCCCAAAAGAUGUUCAGUACGAGUGGAAAUUGAAUGGGGAAGGCAAAAUGUAUGAUGACGGGCUCAAACUACCGGCUUAUUCAUAUUCUGUGAAUGAGCUGGUUAAUGUUACACUGAUAGCAAGAUACAGUUACGAAAAACCGUACUCUUCAAGUUCAACAAAGACCAUACAUUAUUUUGGCUUACCACUUCUAGUAAAUUUGGAUUGUGCUGAACGUCAGAUUGGGAAAGAUCACGACCUCACAAUACGAGUAUUGGCGGUAGAUCAAAAUCGAAAGGACUCUAGUCUUAAAUACCAAUGGACCUGUGAACUCAUUGAUGAAAAAAAUGACACGCAAAGCUGCAAUCUUGGAGCGAUUGACACGUUUCAGGAUUUUUUGAAGAUCCCUACUAACAAAUUAAUCGAAAAUACUAUUAUGAAUGUGACAGCAACCGUUUCAUCUGAGGAACAAUCUGACAGCUCUUCAUGUAUCGUCACAAUUGCAGCAACUCAAAUUCCAACAGUUACAUUUUAUAGACUCGCAGAGAAAAAACAAAAUGCUUUUGAUUAUAUCAGAAUCCAAGCAUUAGUAAGUUCGUCAUUGCCAACCUUGAAUAUCACAUGGGAAGUUGUUCGAGAUCCUCAGUUUGGUUAUUUCAAUAUUUCAUCGUUUAUAUCUAACCCUACUACAAUUAUAAAAAAUGUUCCAUCAAAAUCUGACGUAUUUGUAUCAUUCACAAUUCCACCUGCAGGAACACAACUUGCCAUGUGGCCAGGAUUGAUGAGUGGUAAAACCUUUGUGAUCCGGCUUUGGGCGUCUAAUGAAAAAGGAUCUUCGUUUUCGGAUUUGCACUUGUCUACGAAUGCGCCACCAACCAAAGGAAAUAUUGAUAUAUCUGUACCGUUUUAUCCACCGUUUGCUCUUGAAACUCCAGUUACAUUUUCUGUUGGUGAUGGUUGGAAUGAUGAUAAAGACGACUUGCCUUUGACAUAUCAGUUUGGUUAUAGAAUUCAUUACGACAAUAAUGAAACAUAUGAAUAUCAAGGAUCAAAGAGCACGGUCAAAUACAUUCAAUUCUUUCUGCCAUCGACUUCUGGAAACGGCUCAGAUGAAUGUGGUGAACGCAUUGGUAUUACUGCUCUUUUAACUGUCUGCGAUCGCCUUGGUUCGUGUAACUCUGAAGAGUCUGGAAUGUUCAUCGUUGAACCAUCAAAAAACUCUUCAAUUGCUGCAUUGGAUUUAAUCAGUCUUCUCAAUACCGACGUUACAAAUGGCAACUUUAUAUCUGCCAUUGCAAAAAUAAAUGCACUGAACAUCGAACUUUGCACAGAAAAUUUUGAUGAAUCACAGACAGAUCAUAUCACUAUGUUGCUUUUUCAAUCACUUUCCGAGUCCAGUGAAAGUGAGGAAUUCCAAAUUGCACUGAAAGCUGCAUACUCAUUACUUCCCGUUGUAUCCUCAGAUAUUCUCACAGUUCUUAUUGAUGUUCUCUCAAACUACCGUGAACUUACAUUUAAAACUUUGGAAGGCAAUACGAAUAGUCGGAGAAAACGAGCUGUCAAUGAAGUUCAAACUACUGCCAAAGUUUACCAAGCGACAGAAUCGGAGGCUACUGAUAUGUUGAAAGUGUAUGACAUUUUAAUUGGAAAAGACAAACCAGUUGUUGAUGUUUUUUUCUUGAACAUUAACGAUUUUCUUACUGGAUUUUGUGUUCAAUUGGAUGAAAAUUCUAAACGAGUCAUGUCAGCAACGGGAGGCGACUACACAGCGAUUCAAACGCAAUCAGUUAAUGUCAACCGAGAUGGAUACACUGGUGUAUUCAACGUCAGCGGGCCGAACAAGUUGUCAAAUAUCACAUUCUCAUCAUAUUUUGCAUCAUCAUAUUCAUCGUGGAAUUGUGGAUCAGGAACUUCAUCUACAUGCCGAUAUGUUUGUCUUGGUACAGCAUGGAUAUCUAAUCAAGCCCUUGGUGACAAUAGUUAUUUGGCUGAGGCUCUCUUUUUAAGCUACAUCCAAUUAUCGGUUAACAAAAGUGUUUCUGAUUUGCACCAGUUAAGUCUAGUUGAUCCAAUUUCUGGAACGAUACUCACGCCGUCUAAUGGACAAUUUUUAUACUCAGUUGAUAUAGCUGUUAUGAAUUACAAACCGAUAAACUAUUAUAAUUGCUACAUAUAUCAUCAAAACUCCGGCUGGGACUUCCGACAAUGUGUUUCUUCUAUCUACGCAAAAAUGAUAAACAAUCAAAGUUUUUUCACUUGUAAUUGUUCUUCCACUGGAAUCAUUGGUGUUUUUCUGACCAGUGGGCCUGCACCAACUCCACUCCCAGAUCACAAUGAAAUUCUUCUCACGUUGAUUAUAGACAUGGAGGUUUCUAGCGAUGAUUUGGCCAAAAUUUUUACAAAGAUUGCUCAGUUAUCAGAAGUCGAAACAAAACGAUUUGUGAAAAUUGCAAACAAGGGCAACAAAACUAUUCAAGCAACAUUACGUCCACCAUUCCGCUCGGAUCAAAAAAGUAACAGCGUGGCAGUUCAAUGUAUUCAGAAAGCAGUGGGUUAUCAAAAAAUCUUGAACCUUAUAACUGUUCUGAACUUUACAUACUCAGUCGUGAACCGAGAACUGAACGGCGAUUCUUAUGCAAGAAAGCUCACUUUUAACUUUUUGAACUCAUACAUCAACAAAUUGAGCGAUGAUGCUGAUGAUUAUGCCAAGAAAUGGGCUCAAUCAAUGGCUACUACUCUGCAAAUUUCUGAAUAUCGAUUCAAAAACUAUAAAGUCUUCUUUGGAGUUGUUUACAAUAUCACAGUCACACUACCGUUCACAGAUGAGUUGAAACCAUUAAGCGCUGAAGAAAUUUCUUUGAUGAUACAGGAGUGCACAAAAUAUGGAGAAUUUGAUUUCCAGUUAGCUGAUGAGUCUGUUCAUUUGGGAAUUAUUGCAAACGCAGAUAUUACCAUGCUAAUGGUUUUACAUGAAACCAAUUCAUUAAUGAUAGCGUUAGCUGUGGUACUUUCCGUUAUCCUUGGUCUCGGAACAAUUUUUAUAUGUGGUGCAGUUAUGGUUAAGUUAAGAACAGAUAAACUUAUUGUAGAGGAGCGUCGUCGAGCAAAUUUGAAUGAACAUCAAUUUCAGCUUCCACCUCCUCCAGAAUAUCCGGUGGAUUCUUCAGUAUUUCACGUGGUAGAUCAAUAUCCACUUCGUCGUCAAAGAGCAGAUGACCGCCAAUUCUGAUAAUGACUAAUUUACUGAAAACUUUGAAAAUAAAUCAUCGUAUUGUAUUUAAAAAUAAAUAAUAGUUACAA